AUGGCGCAGAGCGGCCCCAGCGUGACGCUCUCCCUCACGCUGCCCAUCACCUGCCACAUCUGCCUGGGCAAGGUGCGUCACCCAGUCAUCUGUGUCAACAACCAUGUCUUCUGUUCCAUUUGUAUUGACGUGUGGCUAAAGAACAAUAAUCAGUGUCCAGCUUGCAGGAUUCCUAUCACACCUGAAAAUCCCUGCAAGGAAAUUAUAGGAGGAACAAGUGAAAGUGAUCCUGUGUUUAGUCCAACAGUCAGAAAACACCUGCGUAAAACYAGACUUGAAUUACUGCACAAAGAGUAUGAGGACGAAAUAGAAUCCCUGCAAAAAGAAGUGGAAGAUCUGAGGGGUAAAAACCUCGGUUUACAGACACAGCUGAAGUCUCUCCUGGAUCCUACAAUGUCAUCCUUAUCUUGCCAAAGUGAGGAAACUAGCCAGUCACCAGAUGAAACAAGUACCACUGGCCCAGAGACCCUGGAGGAAUGGAGCAAAAAGCUGAAAGCUGCCAAUGAUAUAUGUGAAAAAGUGAUAGAUAAUGUGGAAAAGUUGAAGGAGGCAAAUAAGAAACUGAGCAUGGAAAACAAUAGCCUUUUAAGAGAGAAUUUGCGACUAAAAGCUGAAGUUGAUAGUAGAUCACCCCAAAAGUUGGGCCGGUUCACGGUCGCUGCCCUUCAGGCCAAAGCGGAGCAGAGCGAGCGCGAGCUGAGCCGCCUGCAGAAGGCGCUGGAGAGGAGCGACAAGUACAUAGAGGAGAUGGAGUGUCAGCUCCAGCAGCUGAAAAGCGCCGGCCAAGCGAGCGCCGGGAGCCAGGGAGCCCUUCCCAGCGAGGCCAAGGAAGCGGAGGGCGUCGGGGAAGACUCGGGCCGGUUGGAAAACCGGGCUGAGUGUGGGACCACAGAUGGUCCCGAAAGGCUGGAGCAGCAGCUGCCGGCUGGCGGGACGUGUUCAAGCUCCUCCAGCCAAGAUGGGUCGAAUGGUGGGUCUAAGGCACAGGGUGCUGCGCAGAAGGAGCUGUUCCCAGGGUGUCAGGGGGUUCUCCUGGAUGAAGGCCCUGCGGAUAUGGAGGCCUGCUUAGAACAGCAGUGGAAUAAGAGAGAGGAGCGUAGCCCCUUUAAGGAUGAAGAGCUUUACGAGCUUCCAGCACCGUGCACCCCCUUUCUGUCUCUUAGUCGCCUGCACUUGAACACCCCUGAUGGGAAAGAAAACGCAAAGAAAUCAUCAUCCUUUCUGAGAAAACUGAAAUUUGAGGAGUUCUGCGACACCUCGGAUGGCUGCAGCAAAGAUGCUCCAGAACACAGCACGAGCAGCUGUGAGAGCGAGAAGAAGCUGAACUGUUUCACCACAGGAAAAUCAGGCUUUUGGGGGGCCUGCCCAGCAAACUUUGCUGAGAACUUAGAUUUUGAUGAAUCGGAAGAAAACACCAUGGCUAGUCAGUCCACUGAAAGCCCAGCCAAAGCCAGCGAUAAAGCAAGUUCGUGUUUGCCCAAGAAGCUACAUGCUGUCUGCUCCUCCGAGAUGAACCGCACGAGAACCUCCAGUGAGGCCUCCAUGGACGCUGCCUACCUCGAUAAAAUUUCCGAGCUGGAUUCGAUGAUGUCCGAAUCAGACAACAGCAAGAGCCCGUGCUACAAUUUCAAGUCCUCCGAGCUUGAGAAUUCUUCAAAGGCAACCGAAUGCUCUAAGCUUCUGAACGAGACGGAGAAGAAAGUGGAAGAGAUGGAGGAGGAGCAGAGCAUGAAGAGUCUGGAGGCAAGUGACCCACCAGGUGACAGGGCUGGCUGGAAACCUGCCAUGUUUUCCCUUCUCUCCCCGUCCGAGCUGGAUAUGAACGACCACUUCCCGCUCUUCGCAAGCCAGAACGUAGCGGCUGAUGACAUCAAACCUCCCACCUGCUUGUUUCAGAGGGAGUUUUCCCACAGUUUGCUCUUCAGCAACUCGCAGAGGCUCUUUGAGGAACAGAAGUUUGGUCCCUGCUUUUUAAAGACUGACCUGAACAAUCAGCUCAACGCGCCUUGGGUUUCUCCCUUCCUUCCCGAAAGGAAAAAUAAAAAUGCGAGCCAGUCGACCAAGAGGAAAAUUCCGAGCAGCCUUUCUAGUGCCAGUCCCUCCAAAACUACCAAAAACUGAGUCUGCUCCGAAAUGAAACGUGACUGAAGACAACUGAAAAGUUGUCGACCUGCGGAUGCUUCGGAUUUCCCAAGUGAACUUCAUUUUUAAUGAUUUCCAUACAAUCCAGUCCUGUCUUUUUUGACCACAUGAAAACUGAAUGUUCCCUUUGCCCUGAUAAGCCCUUUUCCUAGGGCAGAACCAUUCCAGAUUCUCUUCUUUGCCACGGCAUUUUGUUUACUUGGGUAUAUGGGGGUUUGGGGCGGGGCGGGGGGGGGUUGUUUUCAGUUGAGGUAACCUUCCAGAUGUGAGCUGAGCUUAACAGCUUCCUUAAAUAGGAUGGGUUUAAGUGCUCUUGUCACACAAGUCAUUUAUGGUGGGGGGGAACUCGUUUUAAAGGUGGUGCUUCCCACUCCUGACUGUUACCUGUCCUGCACGGCAGCCACCAUCAUUUAUACCAUCAUUGCAUGGAACUGCUGUAAAACACUGACAAUUUUGCCAUAAAACCUGUCUGCCAGAGAAAAUGUUGCUGCUUGGGCUCUUCCAUCGCCCUGAACUGUGCUGCAACUCUUGUUUUAAGCAGAUAGGAAGUAGCAGUCUCUUUCUCUUCGGGGUUACAGCACUUGGGUUAGAGGAUGGCUCUUAAGGUUGCCAACAGGGCUUGUAUUUUUGGA